GUUCUCCACCCAAACAAAAUUUCUCUCACUACACGCACCGAAAAAAGGGAAGAAAAUUCUCAAUUCUCCUCUGUACCUAUUCUCCAUCCAAUCACCGCGAAGCCCGUUGUUCUCACUCUAAUUUCUUGCCGAUUUAAUCAUCAUUCUCUUUUGAGGGCGCCGAUUACCUCGGCUCUUGCUCUCCGGCAAAAAACCCCCUUUUCUGCUGCAAUUUUUAUGAGGUGAAAUCAGAGGCGCUGUUUUGAUUCGAUUCCUCAAGCUUCGAUUCUGAAAAGUUUUAUCUUUUAGCUUUUCUGUUCUUCAAUUUGCAUGCUUUGAUUUAAUGGCCAAUCACGAAUCCUAUUAGGGUUUGUGUGGUGUUUCUGGAAUUCGGGGUAGUUUUAGGUUCCUGCAUUUGGGUAUAGUUUUUUGUGUGAAGGUGAACGCCAUGUGUAUGAUGAAUUAUUAAUUAUUUUAUUCUUUAAGGUUUGGUAGUGUAGUUUCUUGUAGGGUUUGGGGAUUCUGAGGUGAGCUUCAGAAGAAUACAGAAAUAUGUCUUCAGCAGGAUUGGUUUCCAUUGUCCCAGUUCUUGAGGACAGUAUGACAUUUUUACCUCCUGAACAUAGUCAAGAGUCGAUUUUGCUAUUUGUGGCAAUGCCAGGCUCCAAGGUCCCAAUACGGGUUUUGGAGUCGGAUUCGAUUGAAUCUGUGAAGGUCCGAAUCCAGUCCUGUAAAGGGAUCUUCCGCAGGAACCAAAAGUUGGUCUGUGGUGGUAAAGAAUUGGCUCGAAGCAAGUCCCUCGUGCGGGACUAUGGUUUGAGCGAUGGAAAUGUUGUGCAUUUGCUCCUCCGCCUCAAGGACCUUCAGGUUAUUAAAGUGAGGACGUGUUGUGGGAAUGAGUUCGAGUUUCAGGUGGAAAAGUGCCGGGAUGUUGGCUAUGUCAAGCGUCAGAUUGCGGAAAGAGAAUCGGAGCUCAUUGAGGAUCAUGAGGUGUUGCUGAAUGGCAAGCCGAUUGAGGAUCAGAGGUUGAUAAAUGACAUCUCUAAGGAUGAUACAGAUGCUGUGAUACAUUUGUUUGUAAGGAAAUCUGCUAAAAUUAGGGGGUCUCCAGUGGGGAAGAACUUUGAGUUGUCAAUUGUUGUACCACAGCAGAAUGAUGUGGUUAGUGAACGUAAGGCCGAUCAUUAUGUGCCAAGGAAGGCCCCUGAAAGAGUAUCUGUAUUGGAGCCUGUAAUUAUCAACCCAAAGACUGAGUUGCCUCUUGAGAUUAGCCAAAUGAUAGAUUCUACUAGGAAAGGAUUGGAGCAAGGUAAUUAUCCAAUCAGGUCUGUGGAGGGCACAGGAGGUGCAUAUUUUAUGCUUGAUCCAUCCGGUACUAAAUAUCUAUCUGUUUUUAAGCCAGCAGACGAGGAGCCUUUGGCUGAGAAUAAUCCUCGAGGGCUACCCUUAUCGGAGGAUGGAGAAGGGCUGAAGAAGGGAACAAGAGUUGGGGAGGGGGCACUAAGGGAGUGUGCUGUCUUUUUACUUGAUCAUCCAAAGAGUGGUAACCGUUCUUUCUCUGGUGAGAUUAGGGGCUUCGCUGGUGUUCCGCCUACUGUAUACGUGAAAUGCCUGCAUGAAGGUUUUAAUCAUCCUGGUGGCGUUUCUAUCAAGACUGGUUCGCUGCAAAUGUUCAUGGAGAACAAUGGAAGUUGUGAAGAUAUGGGGCCGGGUGCAUUCCCGGUAGAGGAAGUUCAUAAGAUUGCAGUGUUGGAUAUGAGGAUGGCCAAUGCAGAUAGACAUGCUGGAAAUAUAUUAGUAAGCAAAGGUGAAGAUGGUCAAACUGUGCUCAUCCCGAUUGAUCAUGGAUAUUGCUUGCCAUACUCUUUUCAAGAUUGCACGUUCGAUUGGCUGUACUGGCCUCAAGCUCGCCAGCCUUUCGGAAUGGACACCCUUGAAUACAUAAGGUCGAUGGAUGCAGAGAAGGACAUUGCCUUGCUCAAGUUCUAUGGAUGGGAGUUACCGAAUGAAUGUGCUCGUGUACUACGCAUCUCCACUAUGCUUCUGAAGAAAGGCGCGGAAAAAGGGCUCACCCCAUUUGACAUAGGCAACAUGAUGUGCAGAGAAACAGUGAGGAAGAUCUCUGUCAUUGAAGAGAUUGUGGAAGUAGCUCUCGAUUCUGUCCUCCCCGGGUCGAGUGAAGGUACCUUCCUCGACUGUGUUUCGAGCAUCGUGGAUCGCCACCUUGAGGAGUACAAAUAACCCUCGUCCACUAAGAAAGUUCGGUACAUAUGCACACUGUGUUGGUUGUGAAUGUCAAUUCCUUCGAAUUCCCAAGUCAGGGGCUACUCUUUACCUGAUUAUUUUUAUUACUUCUCCAUUCAUUCAGUAUUAACUGGAUCCUGUUUUUAAGGGCUUUAGUAAUUUGGGGAUUCUUCUGCCCUUGAAACAUAAUGAAUAAGAAUCUCUUUUUCAGAAUUCA